AUGCCACCUAAAUUAAAUCAAAUUCAUGUCAGCAAUAUUUAGAGUUUAGCAAAAAAUGACGAAGUUGAAUAACUUCUUUAAACAAUUGGCCCAUUAGUUGAAUGGACUCCUAAGUAAAUCAUCUAAUUCAAUAUAGACGAGAAGGAGAAGUUAAAUUUUCAUGCACUGCUGAAUAUUAUGAUGAAUUUACAGCCACUCUAGCAGUUGAAACUUUAAAUGGAUAUAAAUUUUAAGGAAGAGAGUUAAAAGUUAAAUUACAUGGCAGUCUAACUUCUUUAAAAAUAUGUAUGAUUUUUAUUUGUUAUAUGUUUUUUAUUACAGUACCUUAUGCUAUAGAGAAAGUGAAUUAUAAAACAUCAAAUACUUAUAAUUUAAGUAUGCCUUUAGACGAAUUUUAUGGAAAUCUAACUACAAAAUAGAAAGUCGCAAUUUUCAUUGAUUUAAAAUAAACUUUUUAGAACAAAGAAGAAUUUUUAGAGAAACUACUUAUGGAAAACUAAAAAAUGGCAGAUUUCAUCUAGAAAAUAUAAUAAGAUGUAUUGAAAGGAUUUAAAACAAGUAAAUUUACAUAUUGAUAUAACAAGAUUACAAUAACGAUGAAUAUCACUAAAAUUCUUAUUCACAAUAUCAAGUAAAUUAUAUCUUAUUCUUAGAAUCAUCACAGAUUCCCAUGAUAUAUUGAAAACUUUAUUUGUUGGAUAACAUUCAUUUUUUUAAAUAAUACAAAAACCAAAAAUAGACAGG